AUGACAGAAGUCAAAGAGUCGCAAACCAGUUCGAGUCACUUGGAGACAAUGCCGCAUGGCGAGGAUGGCUCCUUGGGCCCUGAUGAUCCCAAGGAGUCGGACAAUGGAAAUCCUAACCACCCACAGAACUGGCCGGCUACGGCAAAGCAGUGUACCUAUCUCACCAUUUGCUCCUUCACUUUCUUGGCCAACAUCAACUCGAGCAAUUUUACUGUCGCAACACAGCCCAUAAUCAAGGAAUUUGAAGUGACCGAGACACAGGCUGGAGAACUGGUCUGUUUCAACGUCUUUCUGUUUGGGAUGGGCAACAUAUUCUGGGUGCCACUCAUGCGCGUCAUCGGGAAACGACCAGUAUACCUGCUUGCCAUGCUUGGUUUAUCGCUGAUGAACAUAUGGUCUAGCCAAGCCACGACCUACAGGGAGUUGCUUGCAUCCAGGAUUCUUUCUGGCUUUGUUGCUGCGGCAGCCGAUGCCACUGUGCCUGCUGUGGUGGCCGAUAUGGUUGCACCUCAAGAUCGAGGGCACUAUAUGAUGUUCUUUCAUCUCGCUAUGACAGCGGGUUUAUUCCUGGGCCCGUUGAUUAAUGCAUAUCUAGUUCAAGAACAUGACUGGAGGUGGAUGUGUUAUUUUCUCGCCAUUGCCGUUGGAGUGGUGUUCAUCAUUGCCAUAUUCACCAUCAGGGAAACAUCAACCCGUCAACACGAGUUCAUCGAUCCUGUAGUUUCCACAAAGCGAACCCAGUGGGAGUGGAUGUCUGUCACGGCUGGCUAUAAUCCGCGCGCCUCUUUUUCACAGCCUUUGCGGGAUAUCAUCGUCAACGCUGCUUAUCCACCUUUAAUAUGGUGCUCCUUGACGAUUGGAAUCUCUGUCGGAUGGAACAUCGUAGUUCAGCUGAUGUCAUCUCGAACUUUCACCAAGCCUCCAUACGGGUGGGAGCUGGGCGAUCUGGGUCUGUUGUCGCUAGCAGCUUUCAUCGGCUCUGUACUCGCAUUUUAUUUUGGCGGGCGACUAAUUGAUAUCAUUUCCACACGCAAUGCUGCUCGGCACGGGGGUGUACGCAGACCCGAAUAUCGACUGCCGGCCAUCGUCAUACCAGGUGUAAUUGGACCGGCGGGGAUUCUCAUUUUUGGGUUUUGCGUCGCCAGCAAGACCCACUGGAUUGGCCCUGCUAUCGGCAAUGCUAUGCAGGCCUUCGGCGUCGCUGCGAUCAGCAAUGUCGCCGUCACUUAUUCUCUUGACUUGUUUAAACCCGUCACUGGCGAGGCCCUGGUGAUCAUAUUCGUCAUUCGGAACACUAUUGGCAUGCUUGUCUCGCUCUACGGUGCGGAUUGGAUUGACCGUCAAGGACCCGCGGCUGUCUUUGGCGAGAUGGCCGCAAUCCAGGUAGCGAGUGUUCUGUUUGCGAUUCCUCUGUUUAUUUGGGGAAGAUCCCUCGGAGCCUGGACUUCAACAUUCGGUCCAAUGAAGCGAUUCCUGAAUCCUUGA